AUGUCCGGCAUCACCGAAUUCAUCUACUUCCACCUCAACCCCUCCAUCAAACCCGAAGACCCCACCAACGAAGCCGGCGUCUCCCUCCUCGAGCUCUUCCAAAACACCAAACACCAAAACGGCUAUAAGGGCUCAGCCUGGGGUCGCAGCAUCGAAGACGAGAAUGUGAUAGUAUGGGUGAUUAACUGGAAAGACGCCCACCCCACCCCCUCCCCCCCACCCUCCACAUCCCUAACCCCCUACCUAACCCCCAACAAACCCCUAACCACAUUCUUCGCGACCCUCUCACCGCCCCUAAACCUGCCCUCUAGCACCAGCAGCACGUCCCCAAUCCUCUCCCCUAUAACAGAACUCUUCACUCCGUUCUUCCCCACAACCCUCACACCCAAAGAAACCACCUCGCUACAUGAAUCCCUUAUCUCGUUUAGAACCGAACUCAUGAGUAAUCUGCCCGAGGAGCAACGGCCAGGGGCGUUUGUUAUGGGGCAGGUGGAGAGGCCAGGGACACGGAGACAUGGAGGUAGUCCGAGCGGGGAGGCGUUUGGGAUGGUGGUUGUGGUUGGGUGGGGGAGUUUGGAGAUGCAUAUGGGGGUUAAAGGGACGGAGGCGUUUGGGAGGGGGAUUCAGCCGAUUAGGGGGUGGAUGUUG